CCCAGUAGUAAACCCAGCAAACGCUACUAUGAUCUUACAUUCUGUGUGUGGCUUCUUGUUUGCUUUCUUUGCCUUACCUGGACUCUUACUUGGGGAUCUGGUGUUCCGAUGCCCACCCUGCACCGCGCAGAGUCUCGAUGCAUGUCCUAAGGUCACCAUGUGUCUAGAGAUAGUGAGGGAGCCGGGUUGCGGUUGCUGCCCUGUGUGUGCCCGGAUGGAGGGGGAGCUCUGUGGGGUCUACACGCCGAGGUGCUCCAGCGGCCUGAGAUGCUACCCCAGCAUGGACGCCGAGUUACCCCUGCAGCAGCUCAUCCAGGGCUUCGGCCAGUGCGGGCAAAAGGUCGAACAGGACAUAACAGGUGUGGACGGGCAGGAGACAAAUGAGGUGCACGGGACUGAGAACCCACUCGUUAAGAGACCUCUGCCCGAUCCCUGGAACUGGCAGGAAAUGGCCAAGAAACAGUACCAGAAUGAACUCAGAACCAGGAUGAGGACAAAUCUGAAUGAGGAUCGAGUCCAGAGAGAGCCACAGAGUACCUGUCAGCAGGAGCUGGACAUGGUCUUAGAGCAGAUCUCUAAAAUGACCUCUGAGGACAACAGAGGCCCGCUGGAGAACCUUUACGGGCUCAAGUUUCCAAACUGUGACAGACACGGACUGUACAACCUGAAACAGUGCAACAUGUCCACCCAUGGCCAGCGGGGCGAGUGCUGGUGUGUUAACCCCUUAACGGGGGUCCAGAUCCCAGAGACGCCCAAAGUCAGAGGGGAUCCCAACUGUAACCAGUUCCAGGAGGAGCUGAGAGUGAUGCCCACAGCAACAACAUCUCGCUAGCACCCAGCAAACAGGACAGAGCUGGAUUUACUUUGCAAUUCACACUUUGAAUGGAUCCUCUUCAUAAUGAGGCUGUUCUAUCCAAAUGUGAGGAUAUUUUGGUGAUAAAAUGUGUUUUGGUUAAAUAAUUGUCACAAUGAUUAGCAGUGAGAGCGAUCUUAGUUUGCAAAAUCAAAGAAAACAAUUUGAAAAUAGAGUUUAUAUUCCAAUCAUUGGAUCUAGAUUCCAAGCAACGCAUUUUAAAAUGAUCUGUCCCAGACUAAACACAACUCCUGAUCCCUGUUGUUGGUGUACCGUCGGGAUUUUGUCAGCCACACUCAUGCUGUAAGUGUGCAGCAUGAGCAUCAGCCGUGCAGCUGCAUUGUGCACCGCCUUUUGUCUUGUGCUCACCAUGCCAAUAUGUGGUUUUUUUCCUGAUCUAACCGAUCUUUGUUUCUAAAUUUUGCAAUUUCAAUUUCCAAAUCUUAAUUGACUUAGAUCAGUACAAAAAACCCUUAAUCCUGAUAUCAGGAGUUAAGAUGUCUGGGGAUUAUUAUGUUUUGAGUGUUUUCAGUAAAUCUGAGUUAGCCGGGGGUGUUAGCUUUAACCUGCUAACAUUGGCAUUAGCAUGCUCAGUUCAUUCCUGGUCCUAUUACAUUAUAAUCUACUUUGUCUAAAGUAAAAUGUAACACUACCUCUCAAUUCACUUCUUUUGCUGUGCAGCAUAGUACGUUUGUAGUGCAUUAAAUGGUGGAUAAACACUAUUUAUAGUUGAGCUCUGAAAGAACACAACAAAAUGGCAUUUUCACUGUAACGUAUUUGCUGCCAAUUUACUAACAGUGUUUUCCUUAAUGUAUCAGGUAGCACAGCAUCGGAUUUGUUUGAGACAAUUGCA